AUGAUCAACCCUCUUGACGACCCUUCAGUUGAAUCUUUCCUUAUACCAGGAGCUCGGGUAUACGACAGAUACUUUAACUGCCCCCUUGAUUAUGCCAAUGAAGACACCAGCCCUAAAAUCAAGGUUUUCGCCAGACAUUUGGUACCUGUAGAUAAGGUCUCUUCAAUCAAGAAGAUGCCCUUCUUUCUCUAUUUACAGGGAGGCCCAGGUUUUGAAUGUGCCUUGCCUGGAAGCGGAACUUCAGGUUGGAUCAAAGUUGCAUUUGAGAAAGGAUACCAGGUGCUCUUGCUAGACCAACGUGGUACUGGAUUCUCAUCUCAAGUCUCUGCAGAAGCUUUGGAUGAGAAGUUCAAAACUGAUGAGGAGAAGGCUGAUUAUUUGACUCAUUUCCGUGCGGACAGUAUUGUCAGAGAUUGCGAGACGAUUCGUAAGCAAUUGACAGCUGGUAGAUCUUCCACUGAGGAUGAAGAAACCCGCAUUACUUUGUUGGGUCAAAGCUUUGGUGGCUUCUGUAUUACUACCUAUUUGUCUCUAUUCCCACAAUCCAUCAAGAGCGCGUUUAUCACUGGUGGUGUCCCUCCUCUUGUGGAUAAUCCUGACAAGGUCUAUAGAGGAUUGUAUCCUCGUAUACUGAAGAACAACAAGCUCUAUUACAAGCGAUUCCCCAAGGAUGUUGCUCGUGUACGUCAAAUCCACGAAUACUUGAGCAAAAACCAAGUAACACUUCCAAACGGAGGUACACUCUCUGUACGUAGGUUCCUUCAAUUGGGCAUCGCUUUCGGUGGAUCUGGAGGCUACGACUCUGUGCAUAGCCUUGUUCAAAAUGCCUCUCAUGAUCUCGACUGUAUUGGCAAACUGUCUUACCGUACUCUGAGCAAAAUUCAAGAAUCGCAAGGCUGGGACACCAAUGUCAUUUACGCCAUUCUCCAUGAAUCCAUUUACUGUCAAGCAAAUCAAUCCAGUCGCUGGUCUGCUGAACGUGUGUUGCAAGAAGAGCCCUUUGCCUCCGAGUUUGAAUGGCGUCUUGAGAACUUGAAGCAAGAUCAACCCAUCUACUUUACUGGCGAGACAAUCUAUCCCUUCAUGCUAGAUGAUUUCGCAGAAUUGAGACCUUUGAAGGGGGUGGCAAACUUAUUGGCUGAAAAGAAAUGGGGUCAAUUGUAUGAUGCAAAGGCUUUGAAUCAGUUGGAGGGACCUCAAGUCGCUGGUGUGAGUUAUUUUGAUGACAUGUAUGUUGAUCGUGAAUUGUCUGAACACACUGCCAGUGAAAUUAAUGGUUUCCAACAAUGGAUUACAAAUGAAUACGCUCACAAUGGUCUUCAUGCUGACGGCGAAAGAGUGUUGAGCUACUUGAUGAAACUUGCAAGAGGCGAUGAAGCAUAUAACCGAUAA